ACCGGAGGUAAUGAAGACACUGAGGUCGUUCCUCACUUUUAUACACCUGCAGAGAUGUGAUUAAAGGAAUACUUUGUUUUCUUUUUUUUAACCGUUAUGAAACAAAACUAGCAUAAUGGUACGUUCCGGGUGCAGAUGGAAGUGGGAAUAACCACGUUUCUAGUCGGAGGGUUCAACUGAAAAAAAUAAGUUUUUAUUGCUUUGUAAUGCACUCACUCUCCAACACCAAAGUCCAUAUAGAAAAUCAUCAUUUCUUACAUCACAGCACACAGUUGUUAAUCCAUUACUGCCUCUAUCAGGAAAUUCAAAUUUGUUAUUUUGUAAAAUUCGUCAUUAAAAAUCUUUUGUUCAGCUUUAUCUCAGUGACACAAAGUGACCACACGAGGCAGCAGUAGACCAGCAGCUCCUGUGUCCCUGUGAGCUAAAAUCAAUGAUUUUCUUUAUGGGGUUUGGUGUGGGAGAGUGAGUGGGUUACAAACUUCACUUUCCUGUUGGAAAAGCCUGUCUAACUGAAUCUGAUUAAUUAUUAAUCACCUCAUAUAUUUGAACAGAAUAAAAAUCAUAAUAAUCUAAGGGUCACAUGACAGGCCUCACCAAAGUCAUCAAGGGAAAGAGUUCCUUUAAAGAGAUGAAAGACAGGAUAGAAAACAUUACUGCUGGAAGACGAUGUGAUCGCUGAGAAGAACGAGAAGAAAGAGAAAAAAGUAAACGACUCUACUUUAUGGGACUAACCGCUCACGGACUUCCCUUGUGCGCAGGUGUGUGUGUGUGAGUGUGUGCAUGUGUCAUGUCGGGUAUGACGAGUGGCGUGUGCGUGGAGAGCGACCUCUCCUCGAUGCUACAGAGAAGCUCCGCCCCCUCCCACCAUCACCCGAAUCACCACGUCUACAGCGGACAGGGACAGGUUUCGAGUUUGGCUCCAAUGCUGGACUACACCACAGAGAUGGACCGCUACCGCUCGUCCAUCGCCAACUUCUACAAAACCAACGUCAACAUGAACAUGAACGUCACAAACUUUCCUCAGUCGGCCAAACUGGCGGCCCGUUUGGCGGCUGCCGCCCCCAUUUUCCCACCCGCCGCCGCCAGGCUGGGCACCAUGGCGACGGCGCCUUGGGGCUGCCACGACAACAUGAACAUGAACCACCCGGCGGCCAUGUUCUGGAGCCGGCCCAAACCUGUGGCGGCGGCGCCGACGCACCACCACCAUCACCAUCCCUCUGCGACACAGGGUCACGUGCCCUCCUCACACCCCCACAGUACCAGCAUGCACCACGGCGGUGCGGGGUCGGGAGGGGCUGCAGGGAGAAGUGGAGGGAGCGGCGAGGGGGGCGGAGCUGAAAAACACGGACACAGCGCCUCCUCACUUCCUGUAACGCAGGGAACGGCCCACCAUCACCCCAUGGCGCCUAGCAAUGCAAACUUUCUCCCCGGUUACAGCAGCGGCGCCGACUGUGGGAUUAUGAACAAGCAGGGACACGCCCACCCGGACAUGAUGGCCCUAACAGAGGCCGGGAGCUGCAAUGGAGGCGGGGUGAUGGGCAGUAGCUUCCUGGGGGGGCUAGGAUUACCCCCCGGGGUCAUCGUCAUGGCAAUGGGUUCGGCAGGGGGCGGGAUCUCAGAUGCGAGUAGCGCUUUCCAAAUGACGGGCGGCCAGCGUGCGCUAACGGACUGCCAGCAGCACGCCAACUCCUCCCCGUGCCCCUCCUCCGCCUCGCCCUCGUCGUCGGUGGUGACGGCAGGGGGCGUCGCCCUGUCAACGUCGUCCUCGGCGGCGUCGGGGGCGGUGGCCAAGAGGAAGCGGAAGCGGUGCGGUGUGUGCGGGCCGUGCAGGAGGCUGAUCAACUGCGGCGUCUGCUCGUCCUGCCGCAACCGGAAGACGGGUCACCAGAUCUGCAAGUUCAGGAAGUGCGAAGAGCUGAAGAAGAAGCCGGGGGGAGGAGGGGGGGCGCUCGAGCGUCCUCCGUCUGUCCCGACUGGCGAAGCCUUCCGUUGGUUCUUCUGAAGACGCCGUCACCCACAGCGUCGCAACUGGGACUGGUCGCGAACAGGAAGUCAAAUCGCACAAAGACGCUGGUGACGCUGGACUCUUAACUCUGCAACGGGAUUACAGUUUCAAACUGUGGAUUAAAUUAAAGACAACUUCAAAUCCCAAGACAACUCAAACAAGCAAAACACGCAGGUGGACUGAGGGGGAGGGGACACUUUGGCCGCCGGUAACUGGCUACAAAUGCUAGCUGCACAUGUUAGCAUCGCAGACAACGGCAGUUAUUUGUUAAAUGUUCAGAGUGAAGGAUUCCGAACGAUCUUUCAUCCCCAAAACAUCUAGACAGCUCUCAAUAGCUAAAUGGAGGUUGUAAAGAUGCUAAGAAGCUACAGCUUACUCAUUUAAAUUGCGACAAGGCUGUAGCUGCAUCGUGUUAGCAUCACAGGAGGCUACAGUUUCUUUGUUUAAAGGUCCAGAGAAGGCAGAAAUGUAAGCUAGCUGUCAAAUAAUAUAAAUAGCUUUGUUGAGAUGCUAAUAGGCUACAUUAGCUCACUAGUUAGCUGUUAGCUAUUCGCUAGCUGUGAUGCUUUGCUCGUUGGACACAAACGGCUUGACCCUGAAACCUGCCAUCUAGAUGCUACAUAUGCUACUUUUUAGCAAGCUACCAGACGGCUAAAUUGCUGUAGAAAACAAAGAUAAAGUCAAAGACAACAGAAAUAAAAACAACAACAAACCCCUCUACGAUGUUCAAACACGGUAAAUGUGGUUGUUGUGUCACACGAGGGCAGCACUGAGCAGCCUUCACUCACCACGAAUGGUCCAACAGUCUCCUCCCCCUCGUCCGAUCAAACGAAGAUUCAGGCCUCAUCCACCAGAAAAAACGAUGAGUUUCACCAAAACCGGACGACGGGUUAACGUCAGAGAAACGGCGUGGCGACGGCAGGAGUUACGAACUGACCUCAGCAGGAACGUGAACCAGGACUGUUACUAAAAAGGACUACGAGUUCACCACAGUAGGACUACAACUACCACAUCACUGUUUUCCGUCUCUUUUGUCUACCUCCUCCUCAAGAACUUCAAAAGGCACCUUGACUGGUUUUUAACGGAGCCGUGUCCAGACCCGAUCUGCUCCUCACAGGUUCUCACGCAAUCUGGUGUUUAGACGGUUUUUUGGUUCUGUUUAUUUUACUCACGUGUUUACUUCACUGCCUCAAGGAGAAGUUAAACAUCUGAUCGGGGGGGGGGGGUUCUCUGGAACGUUCUCAGGGCGCAGUCAAUCUUCCGUUAGGUUUUGUACGAACUGAAAAACGUCACUUUGUUGUAUUUUUGUACUUGUGUAAACGGCGACGGGGCGCACGUCAAUUGUCGUUAAGAAAUGUCGAACAUUGGCGCCAAAUUGAAAUGUCCAGUCGCGAAACCUUCAGACGUCCAAAGUCUGUGUCACUGAGAGAGAGAGAGAGAGAGUUCGGAAGCAGCUGCGAUGUUCUUGUAUCUUGAAAAGCUGAACCCUGAGAACCAAAUCUGAUCAGAACAUUCCACACACACAAAAAUAACCCCUGCGACAUUUCCAACACGUCUGAGCAACGAAAACACACAAAACGCGUCCAACGACAUCUGAAGGCCAUCGUGAACGACGCGACACAAAAUGUUGUGUUGGGUUGAUUUACAUGACUUUACGCUGCACCCCCUAGUGGCCGUUUGUUACUUUAUCCACAGACCUGUGCGACGUCUGUGGUCGCUUAACUCUUCGCCGGAAAGUUCGUGUUUUUACGCACGUUUGGUACCGACAUUAAAGGGAUAAUUCAAAUAUUAUUGACGCUUGCUCUCAGUGCAAAUAUGGACACUUAACAAAAGACUCGCCAAACAAAAUCUACGUCAGAUUAAGUCCACGGUAUCUUAAGAACAUGCUCACGUCUUUAUCGCACUGUUGGACAAAUUUGUAAACCGCUCACUCUCCCACACCAACCCCAUCAAGAAAAUCAGUGAUUUUAGCUCGCGGGGACACAGGAGCUGCUCGUGUACCGCUGCCUCGUGUGGUCACUUUGUGUCACUGAGUUAAGUCUAAAUUAAAUAUUUCAAAUGCCGAAAUCACUAGUUAGCACAUUUGAACUUAGUGAUGGAGGCAGCAGUGGAUCAACAACUCCUCUGUGAUGUGAUGUUAAAAUCACUGAUUUUCUCUAUGGGCUUUGGUGUGGGAGAGUGAGUGGUUUACAAACUUCAGUUUCCUGUUGGAAAAGUCUGAGUCCAGUCUCAGCAGUGAGAUAAAGACGUGAACAUGUUUGUUUCUGUCGUCACCACUUUAUCUCACGGUCUGCUAAGUGGAAAGUUUUUUGUUUUUGUCACUUUGUUAAACCGCUCACUCUCCCACACCAAAGCCCAUAGAGAAAAUCAGUGAUUUUAACAUCACAGCACACAGACGUUCACAGGAGUUGUUGAUCCACUGCUGCCUCCAUCAAUACGUUCAAAUGUCUUAUUUCCGUGAAUUCGGCUUUUGAAAAGCUCCGUUUGGAUUUACCUCCGUGACACAAAGUGACCACACGAGGCAGCAGCAGUAGACCAGCAGCUCCUGUUGGACUGUGAGAUAACACGACAUACCUCACUUUAAAACAAAGCAAACCUAAAAUGUCCCCGUCAUGUUACCAACACAACGAUUCCCUGUGACAUCGUCAUCAUCAAGUUUGUGUCGUCGGACAUGUUGGAAAUGUUAUUAUUUCCUUAUUUCUAUCGUUUCCCUUUGUUUUCUUUCUCCUGCGACACUGUGGGAGCCCCCCCCC